UAUAAACGUAAAAUAUAAGCGCUUCAAAAGUGCUGUUGUUACCUAACGCAUUAUAGAAAAUUAAAAACAUUUUAUAGAGAUUAUCACUAUCAUAGUUAUUUAGUUGUUUAUAAAAGUCACAAUCGUAAAAGCUUAUAUGGUCGAGAACAUCACACAUAUUGCUUGUGUGCACCCAUUCUAAUUUUAUUGUAAAACUAAACUUUUCAAAAGUAUAUUCAUCUGCAUUAACGCAUACGCAUUUUUAAAAUAAUCAUAUUGUUUAUUUCAAAUCUGAGACUUUGGGCGCUAGGACUAUUAUCAAUUCGUCAAAGUCAUUCAGGUGAUUGUAUAUAAUAAAUAUUUAUUGUAAUCGCUACAUUAAGUGACACUCAGAAUAGAUUCGGCCUUUAAAAUAUCGAAAUGCCUUUUGUAUAAUAGCACUAAUCAGGCAUAGCAAAUACUGUCAGUGAAAAGGAAAACCUUGUACGCUAAUCAAUGCCUAAGAAAGAAAUCACUCAGCUACUCAAUAAACUGCUAGUUUGGCUGCGUUUAAAUUAGUGAAGAAACAUUUUUAAAUUGAUCGUCAGUGAACGUUAAAAAUUGCAGACAAUAAAUAUUAGCAACGAUCAUUGUAUUUCAAUGAAUUUAUUGUGUUUUAUUAACAAUUACAUUAAUCAUUCAAACAAUCGAAUUGUGAAUUGGAUUAUAGUUAAGGUAUAUGAUGUGUGUGUUAGAACAACGGUUGAUAAGUGAUCAUAUUAACGACCAUCAAGUAAUUACAUUAUUUGCUGCAUAUACAAAGAAACAGCAUUUUUGUAAUUAUAGUAUACAUGUACUUAUAAUUUACUGAAAUAAUAUGAUUCUCCUUUGUUCGGAUAGUACAAAAUGUACAGUGUUAUGUAUGUUGUGUUCAAAUGAGUAAUUAUGACAUGAAUAAAUCAGUGACAUGAAACGUAAAGAAACUAAACAACGUAAAUCUAUGAGCAGAUUGCAUCGCGUACGAUGUAUGCAACGAAAUGUAAAAGCAAGACAGGUGUGAACAUGCGUGAACUGAAGCGUGCAUUGUGUUUGUUUUGCUUAUCAAAAUUCAAAAUACUUGAUAUUGUAUACAAUUAAUAAGACGACAAUAUACUAACUCGCUUCCAAAUAUCAUAUGUAGCACAGAAAAUAUAGCCAUACUUUAUGUUUAAUUAUUGAAAUUAUCAGCUUUACCUUGAACAAGGUUACCGCAACACACGUGGACUUAGUUUUGUAUAAGAGUGUUUAGUUAUUAUACAGUUUGAAAGUAACUUAUCAGAUAACAACCAAAUUAAUGUGACUUUACCGUGAAAACACCGCUUGUUUAGCGAUAUUGUAAACUCAAGCUGACAUCGCAUGAAUAGGGCACCGUUAAGUGAAACUUUAAAACGGCCCUUGUAGUGUCAUUUAUCAGUAAAAAUGCCGACGUCUGUGCAUGUUAAGGAACCGAUUGGAUACGGUACUAAUAAGACUUUAAUGAGGAGCCAAACAAAUGGGCCAACGCUCGUGUCUAUGCACCAGUCCGGUUUGUUCUCUGUAGGAACACACGAUCCGUCAAGGGAAAAGUUGUCGGAUGGUCAUGACAUUAUUCCCUACGCAACGAAACAAAAUUCUCCCGUUCGCGUGACCUUUACACCGGGGACAUUGUCAAAGGAUAAAUCGCGCAUAGCUGAUCAAAGCAAAAGUGCCAUCUUCAACUACAAGCCUUUGAGACGCGCGGACAGUAAGAACUUAUUGUCCAGAUUCCGCCCACCAGAUGCGACCCUUACAACACUUCAGAAUCUGUCUCCUUGGUUGUCCGUCUCUAAGUCGGAUUUCCGUGACCCACGAUUGAAUAGCGAAUUAGCGUACGAUGGUCACUUUGAUAAAGAAUCAUUGGAGAUAUUAAAACCAAGGUUGUUUCGAAGGAGCUUUACGGAAGGCCAAAUAGAUCUUUCUAAGGUUUUUAUUGAUGAAGCAUCUGCAACCAAUACAUACCAAGCCGAAUCUUUAGCUCGACGAGCAGGUUUUGAUCCGAGAUGUAUACCAACGUACAAACCACAGUCAAGGGAACUUUCGAUCACUAAACGCGACACAAUAACUUCGCAGAAAGAUAGUAGGCGGAGUGUAUCAGCGUUGUCUGAUAGGGCGGAUCAAAUCGAAGUGGGUGUUACAUACGAGAGUAUUGACGCAGUCAAAGUUGAUGAUCAAAGGAGGGAAGCUGAGGAAAGACAUAUAAAUCAAACUCAUCCUGCUACAGAUAGCCCGACACGAAUGGUCGAUGCAAACCGCAGUUUUAAAAAGAAGCUAGUUAAUAAAACCCCGGAACGUUUGGUAAACUAUUACAGCGGCUAUUUACCACCGGAACUUUCCAGCGAAAUCGCUGAGCAGUGGGAAAGGAGUGCCAACAGUAGAUCCAUGUCGAAAACACCAGAUCCAUACGCCGUGUCGCCGAACAGCCAUAUGAACAAACCACUGAUUGGGGAUAGGUCCUUCUAUAUGCGAAACGCCUUUCCAGUCACCAGAAAGUAUUGCCGUUCUGAUAUAGAUGCCAUGCGCCUUGAAGGCCGUAAAAAGCUCCUACAGUCGUAUGGACACGUACCAGCGCAUUAUUCCGUCCUCAAUGAAGGUAAGAAAGGAAUAGCUUUGGAUGAGGCGAUUCGAGAAAAGCAAAGCCGGCUUUCGGCUUCAUUUAGACGAAGCAAGUCCUUCGUAAGCCAACCGAAAGGCAUCGAUUUGGCUAAGGAGCAAAAGCCAUCAGAUCCCUCAACAGAUACGCAAAAGGUUACUGAAACGGUGAAUAAAGCUCCUUUAAAGAAACUGAUGGAUCCUUUACCCAAUAGUAACCCUAAGCAAGGUUUAUCUUCGAUAGAGAAGUUUCAGAUUCAGAGGGAAAGGACAUAUCAAUUACAGAGUCAAGCACGAGAGAUGCUUAGCAAAUAGGAGUUUACUAACUGUGUCUAGUAUUUCUGCAAAGAUUGUAUUCCGAAUUUGUGUGCAUCAUCAAUACAUUCAAGUUAAAAAUAAGACUACGUUUAAACGUAUUUGCCAUCUGAAGAGAUAUGCGAAUAGUAUGCUUAUCAAGCGUGUGCAUGUUUUGUCUAAUUCAACUUGUUGAAUUUCCUAAACUCGCAAUGAGUUACAAUUCCCGUUUCAAGUAGGUGAUACCAAUUUUAAUAAUUAAAUAUUCACAUUCGAUGUUCUCUUAUAAAUAAAAGUAAUUGAUCAGAACAAGAAAUUCUUUCUUGAGUUAGGCAAAUUGUUUACUAUAUUGAUCAAGUAUUGUUCGCAAAUAAGAAUGAAAUGCAAACGAUGUUGAGAUACGUAAACUAUA